UCUCGGUGGCGACGGUGCGGAGCUGCUCCGGCUGGGCCCGCGGGGGAGCCCCGGGCGCCGCACGUGUCCUGGGUCAUGAAACUUAAUCCACAGCAAGCUCCAUUAUAUGGCGAUUGUGUGGUUACCGUGUUGCUGGCUGAAGAGGACAAAGUUGAGGAUGAUGUAGUUUUUUACUUGGUAUUUUCGGGUUCCACCCUCCAUCACUGCACAAGUACUCGGAAGGUCAGCGCUGAUACGCUGGAGACCAUUGCUCCUGGCCAUGACUGCUGUGAGACCGUGAAGGUGCUGCUCUGUGCUUCCAAGGAGGGCCUUCCCGUGUUUGUGGUGGCCGAAGAAGACUUCCAGUUCAUCCAGGAUGAGGCGUACGAUGCAGCCCAGUUCCUCGCGACCAGUGCUGGGAAUCAGCAGGCCCUGAACUUCACUCGUUUUCUUGACCGAUCAGGACCCCCAUCUGGGGAUGUGAAUUCCCUUGACGAGAAGGUCGCCCUGGCAUUCAGACACCUGAAGCUGCCGGCGGAGUGGAACGUGUUGGGGACGGAUCAGACUUUGCAGGAUGGCGGUCCCCGGGAGACGCUGAUGCACUUUGCCGUGCGGCUGGGGCUGCUGAGGUUGACGUGGUUCCUGCUGCAGAAGCCAGGUGGCCGCGGGGCUCUCCGCGUGCACAACCAGGAAGGAGCGACACCCGUGAGCCUGGCCUUGGAGCGGGGUUAUCACAAGCUGCACCGGCUUCUGACCGAGGAGAAUGCUGGGGAGCCAGACUCCUGGAGCAGUUUAUCCUACGAAAUCCCGUAUGGAAACUGCUCUGUGAGGCAUCAUCGCGAGUUGGACGUCUAUACCUUAACCUCUGAAUCCGAAACAUGUCAUGAAGUCCCAUUUCCUGGAGACAGUUGCACUGGACAUAUUUUUAAACUUAUGAACAUCCAACAGCAGCUAAUGAAAACAAAUGUUAAGCAGAUGGACAGUCCUGUGCCCUUAAUGGUGACGGCACAGGAUCCUUCAAGUCUGCCCAGUGCCCGAGAUCCAGAUGGCCGGUUUCUUUGCUGCACGUCGGAUCCCGGGGACAGCCAGCCACGCUUGUCUCUACCUGAAGACCCUGAGCCUCGUCCGUGUGGCCACAGGAGCCCUGUGGGGGAGACUGAACGUUCCUCCAGUUUGUCAGGUGUGGCAGCGGAAGAGAACACAGACUGUUCCUGUAGGAAGGAAACCGGAGGUGUGGGGGGAGCAGGGGACGAGGCGGAGCCCUCACUUACUGCGGACUGUGGAGCGGUGUCUGAUCCCAGCAGCCGCCUUCUGAGCAUACCUGCUAGUGGAGGAGAGGCCACCGGAGACUUUCCAUCCGGUCAAGUCAGAAAUGGAGAAACUGGAACAAAGUCUUCCGCACCGGUCACAGACCAGGAGUCUCUAAGCACUGGAGACCACGUCCUGCAGGGAGACGUGGCCGCGCAACCGGGCUCCGCUCCCACUCCGCCCUUCUCUGGAGGCGAACUGGCAGUCAGCGUCGCAGGGACUGCAGGGGAGACAGAACGUGGUCUCCCGGACGUCAGCGCCGCCAUCCAGAAGGAUGUGCUUGAAGUAAGGGAAGGUACAAAGGAAAAGUUUGAGGACUCUCCGAUCAGCACAGCCGGAGCCUCUGACGUAAAAGUCACGAGGCAGCCUGCAGAUAAAGCCGCUGCUCCCAACCGCGUCUCUGCCAGUGGCUCCCUGGGUGCUAAUGAACCUGCUGAGUCUUUACUUGCUUCUAGGAAGGGAGAAGCCUCCCCUGUGAAAUCUGCAGAGACAGAAGCUUCAAGAAGUUGUGAAGGGAAUGCUGGGGCUCCCGUGGGUCAGAGCUCCCCGGUAGCUCCAGCUGCUGCAGAAGACCCGACUUCAGAUGGUCUCGGUCCUUCUGCUCCCUUGGCAGGCACAAGUGAGGCAGCGUCCCCCUCCGAUCUGACCUUCCUGGGGCCACGAAAAGACGCGCCGAACGAGAAAUCGGAAACUGAUUCAUCUCUCAUUCAGAGCCAGAUCAGCCAAUCACCCCUCUGUUCUACACCUGGAGGGGACACUCCGUGUGCCACCCCUGCCCGUGGGCAGAGCACAGUGACUACUGGGGGCGUCCUGGCUGUGGAACGCUGUGGUGGCCUAGGUACCCAGCCCGAGGGCACCGCCCCAGGACUGCACCCUACACAGCAUCUCCCCCCGGCCCUCUGCUCUGAAGGUCCCCAGGCUCACACAGCCACUCCUGACCCUCUAAAAGGCACCCAGGAACAGGCGGAAUUUUGUCCUCUUGAAGUUUCGGAUAAAAAGGGCCAGAGAAAAGAUUGGAACCUCGGAACAGCUUUAACAAAUAUGCUUGAGGUGCAGCCGCAGGUGCUUGUCCCCAACGCCGGGAAAGAACUGAUGCCAGACCAGGCCGUGACAUCAGACAAGACUUCUCUGGCAAGCAGGCCAGGCAGUGAAUCAGUAACCAAAGAUGACGCACUUUCUCUUGUCCCCUCCCAGAAAGAAAAGGGAACAGCAACUUCUGAACUACAUACGGCUACAGAUGGUGGAGAUGGCCCAGGCGGAGAUUGGAGCGGUCCUCAUAAGCAGCCCUCAGAAGACGGUGCUGUAGGCCUGCCCGUGCCCUCCACUGCUCUCCAUCGUCGGCCCAGAAUGGGUAAUACCAGCCCCAUGGGACUUAGUGGGGAACAGGGGGCUCCCCACCUUUCAGCAGCCCCCGAAGUUCUGGAUCUCGAGGGGGGCACUGACGCUUCUCUGCUGCGUGCCGGUAAGGCCACCGUGGCCUCCGAUUCUGUUCUGACUGAGGUAGGAAAGACUCUGGUGGUUCUGGAAAGCUCUGAAGCUCAAGGACAAGAUAGCGGGGAUAAAGCAGUGACUUGUGCCUCUGUUAAGGAAGACACUUGUUCCUCAGGAGCGUUUCAGGAAGAGCAGAGAACUCCACCUCCCAGACAGGAGGCACUGGGGUUCUGCGGAGAGCGGAGUUCGGCUGUCUGCGCCGAGGACAGAGCACUUGAGGGCGGCAGUCCCCGGGGCGCAGCCUUGGCCUGCCUGAACGCAGAAGCUGAGUGUAACCCGGAAGUGGCCCCGCCAGUCUCGCUGCUGACUGAAGGUGGGGCUGCACAGAGCCUGGUGCCACGGGGAGCAAGUCUGGCUGCAGACCCACACCAGGAAGCCUCGGGUGCAGAGCAGAGCGGCUCGGCUGCGUUGCCAGGUGUGUCACCAGAGGGGGCUGGGGCUCUGGCUUGCAGUCGGUCUUCUGCUCUGGAUAUUGGCGUGCAGAACCCUGAAUCCCAAGGUAAAAGCCGUGCUGGUGAGGUGAGCGGAAAUGUGGGGUUGGAUGUUGCUGUGGUUAAUGCCACAGAAGAUACUGUCGGGGCCAGAAGAGAGGCUGUAUCACACACCGCCCAAGACCUCCCGAUUUCAGAAGCCUUGAGCCAGGAGAAGACUGUGGUCCUGGAUUUGCCGGGAGCCUCAGCAGAUGAAGGUGUGAUGGACCUGCAGGGCGCCGCCGCUCCCGAGAUGGUGCCUGUGGGUUGGAAGGAGGCGGACCGCAGCGGUGGCGCGGCCGAUGGCAGCGGGGCACAGGUGGAUGCUGACGCGCGCCACGUCCUCCAGCAGCCACCUGCCAGAGAGCUCCCCACCGACACCGGACUCUCAAACGGUGGUGAGCCGACCCCAGGCGGGGCAGGGGGCACUCCCCCUCUACCCUGUGCCGUGUCUCUGCCCGAAGGAGCAGGCUCCAUUGAGGAGGCUGCGAGUCGCAUAGUGGAGGCCGUCCUGGACCAAGUCAAGUCCUCGGGAGCCCUGAUCACUGGGCGGGGGACUGGUCACAUGUCACCGUCCAGCCCUUCAGAGUCAGGCCCAGUGACUGAGCAUCCAGAGAGUGCUUCUGCAGGCCAAGGGAGCUCUUUCCUGCCUGGGCGGCCCCCACACAUGGGCAGUAUCUGCGAGGAAGCCCCUGGCAGCUUUGCAGGGGGGUUGGCUGAAAGGAAGAAGCUGGAGAAGAUGGUUCUGGCCGCUGAAGGGUCUGGGCCCACAACAGAAAUGCCAGACUUGAAAGCUGCAGAUGAAGUGGAUUGUCUGAGUAAUGCCAGGGCGAGCUCGGCCUCUGCAGAGGUGGUCGUAGGAGCCGCAGCUGCCGCACCUGACGUGAAGCAAGGCCUGGCGACCCAGGCGAUAAAUCGAGAAAGCUGGUGUACGAUAAAGCCGUGCCCCGAUACAGCACCUCUGUUAGCCCCCACACAGAGCCCAGAAUGUGAGAACUUCCUGGAUGUUGGACUGGGCAGAGAGUGUGCCUCAAAACAUGGAGUCCUCAAAAGAGAAUCCGGCAGUGACUCUGACCUCUUUCACUCACCCAGCGAAGACGUGGACAGCAUCAUCUUCCCCAAGCCGGAGGAAGAGCCGCUGGUCUGUGACAUCACCGGAUCCAGUUCGUCCACCGAUGACACCGCUUCCCUGGAUCGACAUUCUUCUCACGGCAGUGAUGUGUCCCUCCCCCAGAUUUCAAAUUUGAACAGGUCCAGAGAUCAGCAGGGUCUUGACGGCUUCUACAGCCAUGGCAUGGGAGCCGAGGGUCGAGAGAGCGAGGGCGAAGCUGCCGGCUCAGGUGAGAUGGAGGAGGAGGAAAUGGACAGCAUCACCGAGGUGCCCGCCAACUGCUCUGUGCUGAGGAGCUCCAUGCGCUCCCUGUCCCCUUUCCGGAGGCACAGCUGGGGUCCUGGGAAGAACGCGGCCAGCGAUGCAGAAAUGAACCAACGCAGUUCAUUGCGAGUUCUGGGGGAUGUUGUCAGGAGACCUCCCAUUCAUAGGAGAAGUAUGAGCUGGUGUCCCUCUGGUGUGCACUACUCUGCUGCCCUGAGUGCUGACUUUAAUUACAGAAGUUUCAGCCUAGAAGGCUUGACAGGAGGAGCUGGUGUCGGAAACAAGCCAUCUUCAUCUCUAGAUGUGAACUCCUUAAACCCCAAAGAGCUCAGGCACCCUUUCGGUGGUGAAGAAAGGGGUGACUCUUUGAUGUCACUUUCCGAAGAGGAUCUGGAAUCAGGCCAGAGAGAGCACAGGAUGCUUGAGCAGCAGGCAUGUCACAGAGCUAAACAACAGGGAUUCAAUUACUGUACAUCAGCCAUUUCCUCUCCACUAACAAAAUCCAUCUCAUUAAUGACAAUCAGCCAUCCUGGGUUGGACCAUUCACGGCCUUUCCACGGUACCAGCGCCAACCUGACUGAGAGCAUAACAGAAGAGACCUAUAGUUUCCUGCCACAAAGCCCCUCCAAGAAAGAUUUUGAAGGGAAGAGUGGAACAAAAGUCAGUCGUACAUUCAGCUACAUCAAGAAUAAAAUGUCCAGCAGUAAGAAGAGCAGAGAAAAGGAGAAAGAGAAAGAGAAGAUUAAGGAGAAGGAGAAAGAUUUGAAGGAGAAAGAGAAGGAUAAGAAGACGGUCAACGGGCACACCUUCAGUUCCAUCCCCGUCGUGGGUCCGGUCAGCUGUAGCCAGUGCGUGAAGCCUUUCACCAGCAAGGAUGCCUACACGUGUGCAGGUUGCGGUGCGUUUGUCCACAAAGGCUGCAGAGAAAGUCUGGCGUCCUGUGCAAAGGUCAAAAUGAAGCAGCCCAGAGGGAGCCUUCAGGCGCAGGACACGUCUUCGCUGCCCACAGUCAUCAUGAGAAGCAAGCCCUCACAGCCCAAGGAGCGGCCUCGGUCUGCAGUCCUCCUGGCGGAUGAAGCCGCUGCCAUUCCCAUGUUUGCCAACAGACGGUCCCAGCAGAGUGUGUCCCUCUCCAAAAGUGUCUCCAUACAGAACAUUGCUGGAGUUGGCAAUGACGAGAACAUAUCAAACACCUGGAAAUUCCUGUCUCAUUCAACAGACUCACUCAAUAAAAUCAGCAAGGUCAAUGAGUCAACAGAGUCGCUAACUGAUGAGGGAGUAGGUACAGACAUGAAUGAAGGACAGCUAAUGGGGGACUUUGAGAUGGAAUCUAAGCAACUAGAAGCUGAGUCCUGGAGUCGCAUUGUGGACAGCAAGUUUCUGAAACAGCAAAAGAAAGAUGUGGUCAAACGGCAAGAAGUGAUUUAUGAGCUGAUGCAGACCGAGUUGCACCACAUCCGGACGCUGAAGAUCAUGAGCGAUGUGUACAGCCGCGGGAUGAUGACCGAGCUGCUCUUCGAGCAGCAGACGGUGGAGAAGCUGUUCCCCUGCUUGGACGAGCUGAUCAGUAUCCAUAGCCAGUUCUUCCAGAGGAUCCUGGAGCGGAAGAAGGAGUCUCUGGUGGAUAAAAGCGAGAAGAACUUUCUCAUCAAGAGGAUGGGAGAUGUGCUGGUGAAUCAGUUUUCAGGGGAGAACGCAGAGCGCUUAAAGAAGACAUACGGCAAGUUUUGCGGGCAGCACAACCAGUCUGUGAGCUACUUUAAAGACAUUUACACCAAGGAUAAGCGGUUCCAGGCGUUCGUGAAGAAGAAGAUGAGCAGCGCCGUGGUGAGGAGGCUGGGCAUCCCGGAGUGCAUAUUGCUGGUGACCCAGCGGAUCACCAAAUACCCAGUUUUGCUCCAGAGAAUACUGCAGUGUACCAAAGACAAUGACGUGGAGCAGGAGGAUCUGGCUCAGUCCCUGAGCCUGUUGAAGGACGUGAUUGGAGCCGUGGACAGCAAAGUGGCAAGUUACGAAAAGAAAGUGCGUCUCAAUGAGAUUUAUACGAAGACAGACAGCAAGUCGAUCAUGCGGAUGAAGAGCGGCCAGAUGUUUGCCAAGGAGGAUCUGAAGCGGAAGAAGCUUGUGCGGGACGGGGGUGUGUUUCUGAAGAGCGCCACGGGGAGGUUGAAAGAGGUUCAAGCAGUUCUGCUUACCGACAUUUUAGUGUUCCUUCAAGAGAAAGACCAGAAAUACGUCUUUGCAUCAUUGGACCAGAAAUCCACUGUGAUCUCUUUAAAGAAGCUGAUUGUCAGGGAAGUGGCCCACGAGGAGAAAGGUUUAUUCCUCAUCAGCAUGGGGAUGAAGGACCCCGAGAUGGUGGAGGUGCACGCCGGCUCCAAGGAGGAGCGGAACAGCUGGAUCCACAUCAUUCAGGACACGAUCAACACCCUGAACAGAGACGAAGAUGAAGGAAUUCCUAGCGAGAACGAGGAAGAGAAGAGGCUGCAGGACACCAAAGCCCGAGAGCUGAAAGAGCAACUCCAGCAGAAGGACCAGCAGAUCCUCCUCCUCCUGGAAGAGAAGGAGAUGAUUUUCCGAGACAUGACCGAGUGCAGCACCCCCUUGCCGGAGGAUUGCUCCCCAACGCACAGCUCUCGGACCCUCUUCCGCUCCAACACAGAAGAGGCUCUCAAAGGAGGACCUUUAAUGAAAAGUGCAAUAAAUGAGGUGGAGAUCCUUCAAGGUUUGGUGAGUGGAAGCCUCGGCGGCACGCUGGGGCCAGCGGUCAGUAGCCCUAUUGAGCAGGAAGGCCUGGUGGGUCCUGUCUCCUUGCCCCGGAGAGCAGAGACCUUUGGAGGAUUUGACAGCCAUCAGAUGAACGCUUCAAAAGGAGGUGAGAAGGAAGAGGGAGAGGACGGCCAGGAUCUGAGGAGAACCGAGUCGGACAGCGGUCUGAAAAAGGGUGGAAAUGCUAACCUGGUAUUUACGCUUAAAAGAAACAGUGAGCAGGUCGUCCAGAGUGUCGUUCACCUCCACGAGCUCCUCAGCGCGCUGCAGGGCGUGGUGCUGCAGCAGGACAGCUACAUCGAGGACCAGAAGCUGCUGCUGGCCGAGCGCGCGCUCACCCGGAGCUCGUCGCGCCCCAGCUCGCUGGUGGAGCAGGAGAAGCAGCGCAGCCUGGAGAAGCAGCGCCAGGACCUGGCGAACCUGCAGAAGCAGCAGGCGCAGCACCUGGAGGAGAAGCGGCGGCGCGAGCGCGAGUGGGAGGCGCGGGAGCGGGCGCUGCAGGAGCGCGAGGCGCGGCUGGCGCAGCGCGAGCAGGACGUGCGGCGCGGCCAGCAGGAGCUGGAGCGCGAGCGCGACGAGCUGCAGCUCCGCAAGGGCGCCUACCAGUGCGACCUGGAGAGGCUGCGCGCCGCGCAGAGGCAGCUGGAGCGGGAGCAGGAGCAGCUGCGGCGCGACGCCGAGCGGCUCAGCCAGAGGCAGGCGGAGCACGACGCCCAGCAGGUUUCACAUCAGCACAGCAAGCUGCUGCGGAUCCCGUCCUUCCUUCCGAAUCCGGAGGAGCCCCCCUUGCCGCCUGUACCUUCCAUAGCCAAAUCGGGAUCCCUGGACUCCGAACUCUCAGUGUCCCCAAAAAGAAACAGCAUCUCUCGGACACACAAAGAUAAGGGGCCUUUUCACAUACUGAGUUCCACCAGCCAGCCAAACAGAGGCCCAGAGGGUCAGGGCCAGACCCCCGCGCCCGCCUCCGCCUCCACCCGCCUGUUUGGGUUAGCGAAGCCGAAGGAGAAGAAGGAGAAGAAAAAGAAGAACAAAGGCAGCCGCUCUCAGCCCGGUGAUGGCCCUAUGUCAGAAGUGCCCACAGAGGGUGAAGAGAUCUUCUGCUGACCCUGCCCUCUGCCAUGGCCACCGCCUCCUGCCCUGGCCCGUGGUCACCAGCCCCACCUCUCCUCCUGGUCCCGGGUGUGGUCUCUUACCUUGGACACAGAGCUGCCCCACGUCCCGGACCAGAGGGACAAUGAUCUCGAAGGUCAGGGUGGGGCAGGAGACCCGGGCUCAGCGGCUGCCUGUGGCUCACGCCGACAGUAGACGGCCCCAGAAGUCCAGGCGAUGGUUUCAGACACGUCAGGAGUCUCUAAAGGCUGAAAGAAGUGUGGAACUAAGGUCUGAAAUUCUACCUUUUGAGGGACACAAGCAACAGGCAAACGGCAGAUAGUUUGGACUUGGUCUGUGUACAUAGUUACCCUUCUGCACAUACACGUGGGGUGCGCCAGAAUUAGGCGCCAUCUGUAGCGGAGACCUGGCCAGCUUGGCACAGGAGGUGCCACCCGGCCCUGCUCCAGGAGCACGCGGGCACUCGCCUCGUACCCGCCUAGUCGUCCGGGUGAUCCUGUCACCCUGCCCCGUGCACACCUCCUCCCUUUCUGCAUGUUUCAUUUUAGAAGGGAUGGCACACGUCUGAAAACCGGUGAGAGAAGGGGUGAUGUGGUUAAGAAGCAUGUAGAUAGAUAGAUACAUAUAUAUGUGCAUGUGGGUGUACAUAUAUACAUGAUCUAUACCACCUUCAUUUUGGUGUUUGUCAUUUAAAAAGAAAAUCUGUAAUUUUAACAUGAAAUCCAAAGAAAUUAUAGUCUGGCUUUCCAGGAUGUUGCCCGCAUCCUCUGGGCAUAGAUGAAGUAGAGAAAAGUCUCCACGUCCUUACUCCUGCAUGGUGACACUUUUUGGUUGUCACUGACCCACAGCCUCCUUAAUACCAUCCCGCGGGCAGCGGCUGCUGCGGCAGCAAGGUUGUCCCCACCCCUGCACUAGGACAGUGGCCCGCGUCGGUUCAGGGGAAGGCGUUCGGUCCCUCUGUCGUCGUCGUCCUGUUUAGAGCAGCUCAGCCCGAGCGGGCGCUGGCCCCGCUGUGGCUGGGAAACGUGCUGGUCCUGUAGCGGGAGGCCAGGGCAGAAUUGGAUUUCUGGAAGCGUUGCUCCAAUCUCAAGGUCUGGUGGUUACUGUACUCCGCCCCCUCGAAGGUGUGUCCCGGACGCGGCCUGGUUUCCCUUCUGUCCCCCGCGCUGGCCGGGAUCCCCGAUUGCUGGAGGCUCGCAGCCAGUGCUAGAGCAGGGCGGUGCCCGGAGGUCCUCGAAGCCCCCGUCUCCCUGCUGGACUCCAUCCUGCCCGCGCGGGGAGACCCUGGAAAAGUCUGUGCUUUCAGUGUGCCCUUCCCUGCCUGCUUUUUGCCUCUCAGGAGCCUGGGUCUUUGAACAUACUUCUUAAAAAAACAAAAAUCUGUAACUUGGUGCUUGUUGAUGAAUUGCAAGCUGGCCUUGCAGAUGGAGAUAUUUAUCUUUCAGUUUAUUUGAAAGAGGUCUGGUUUAAAACUGUUAGCUUAGACUUAUUUAUUGCGUGUGUGUGUGUGUGUGUGUGUGUGUGUGGUAAGGGUGAACACACCAGCCCAACGGUUCCCGCCGUCUGGUCGAUGCAGAACGUGAACAGCGCUGCUCGCUCCUCCGCGUCUGUCCAAGUGCCUCGAGGGCCCAAAGGAAAGUUAAAGGUUGGGGAAGGGGAGUCCAGGUCCUUCCCUCUUCUCACCCCCCACCUCCUCCUUGGAUCCAGGGAGGUCUUCUCCCUUGCCUGAGUCAAGAAGCUUGUGCCCCGUGAGUUACAUUCACCCGUUGGUGUCUGAGAACUCUCUUAGCCGGCAGAAGCAGACGGAAGAACAAAGCCAGCUAAGCUCACCCGCCUCUGAACCGCGCUGUACCCCUGCCACACCCCGAGCCGCGAAAACAUGGGUCACGUCCUGGCCUUGGUCCACCCGCUCCGAGCCACAGCCACGCCGGCCACGGUUCUCCUCGAAGCACGUGGCGCGCCGGGUCUGUCCCCCUCUGGGGCUCGCCGUGGGCCGCCGGAGGGAACGGCACCGGGGCGGGAAGCCUGCGCCCUCCCUCCUCGGUGUCACCUAGGCCAGGCCCCGGCGUUCCCUGAGCUCGCACGCGCUGCCGCCGCGACGGGCCCUCCCGCCCGCGCCACUGACGCGCUGUGGCCCCGAGUUUCUGGCCCCGCUGCCCAAGCUUGACGGCGGCUCCAGAGCGUCUCUUACCCCAACCAGCUCUGAGGUGGGGCUGCUCUGCGGGUGGUGGUGACGGUGGUGGUGACGGUAGCGGCUCGGCCGGCGCCACCCGCCAAUCACUGAGCUCGCGGCUUCGGGGUAGACCCGUGCAGAAGCGGAUUUGGGGGGGAGCCGCCCGCGCCCGGGCCACCUGCCCGCCUUCACCGGAAGCCCGGUCGGCGGCGCAGAGGGACAGCGGCUUCCCCAGAGCCGCGCUGUCACAGGUCUUUCUCGUCCCCCCGGAAACUGAACUCCGGGACCUCCGCUGCCGGGCUUGUUGCUGCUUGGGCUUGGCACCUCGAGAACCAUCUGGUUCCGGAGUCUGAGGUCCCGUCUGGGCUCUUGUCUUGUGAGAAACGGGUCUUCUGCCCGGGGGACUCGAAGGCCGUUCCCUGUUGUGUCCUCCAGGGAGCAAAUGCCUGACGCCAGCCAGAGCUCCCAGGUUUCCGGGGUCUAGUGAAGUUCCUGGAGGGAGGCUCGCUUCUGUCUCAAAAAUUCUAUCAUCUCAGAAGUUGUCACCCCAGCCGGGUGACAUGCACUUUAAAUGCUCUCGUCUGUUGGCUUCUUUUCGGGGACAAUCCGCUGUGUGAACUUUUCUUGUUUGAUAACAGAGGGUUAAAAACAUGCAAAUUGCCAUGAUUUCGUCUUUGCCAACAUUCCAUUCUCUACCCCCACGAGAGCAAUCUGUGGGGAAGAAAUCCUUAGCAAGAUUUGUUUUGGUUUUUUGUUUUUUUUGAAAAGGUACGAAUCUUACCUUUCUCCCUCUUAAGUCUCAGGGUAGCACCACUGACGUCGUCAGUGAGAACAUUCUCUUGCUGAGCCCCUAGGAGCUAGCAGGAAGCACCAAUUUUCAAGACCCUUGGGGUUUGUUGUACCUUUCCUGGGGAGGGGGGCAGGUAUGGGGGUGCAGGGGUUUAGUAAGGUAGACUCUGCCUUAAGCGAGGGGCAGAACCAUACCUUAGAGGCCAGGACUUGAUCCAGAAGUUGGGGGUUCGCGUUGGUGGUAUAGUGGUUAGCAUGGCUGCCUUUCAGAAGUUGGGGGUUCACAGAAGUACUUAAUAUUUCAUUGCUGGGUCUCUAAGGCUUCUCCACUGCCAGUUCUCUCUCCCCGAGGAUAGGGGCGUUUGCCCCAAGGAGGGCGCGGAGGGGGCUGAGUCCACUCCAGUGCCGAUGGGUGACGGGUUGUGCCAGGCCAGCCGAGCCCUGGAGGGUGUUGGAGACACUGUUCUGGUGAUGGGCCUCUGGCCACACACACGUGGCUUGGAGGGGCCCCCAGAGGGGAUCCGCGGCCGUGGCCUGGGGAAGCCCGGAACCAGCCCUGUAGCUUCGACGGCAGUGGUUGAGUGACACGUGUGCCUCGCGCCCGCCUUCCGGCCGGACCCACACGGGCCGGUGGCGCUGGGGCCCCGCGAGCUCGCCGACACGCAGAGACGAGGGGAGGGCCAGGAGUUCGUUGUGGUUUGCGUCUUUUUUCUCCCAACAUCGCCUAACAUUCCUAGUUAACCAGAGCUCUGGGAUCUACUGCCUGCUGGCCAGGUUGUAAAGUGGAAAGUAUUUUAAUGCUGCCAUAAAAGUAAAAUCAAAACAAAAACAGAAAAAAGGAAGGGAAGGACAAAGGCUUCUUUCCUUGUACUCCUCUAAUUUAAUUUGUCAGAAGAUCGACAGGCCUUGAAUGAAUUCUCCAUCUCGCUAAGGCUGGAAGCCGGGCAAACCCAGCCGGCGAACGGCCUCCGGCCCCAGACCACGCCACCUGCUCUGCACACCCCGCUGAGCCCGGCCUGUGCCGGGGCCCCUCUCUGCCGCAGAGCAGAGGGUGCUGCCCCCCCCCACCCUGCCCCUUCAGCCCCGAUACUUACCCAGCUUGAGCUCUCCAGCCUUCCGCAGCCACCCACCAGGGGCCCGUCCGGUCAGCUUGCCCAUGGUCAUGGUUCAGCCUGUGGUUUCCUGUGUUCUUACCCGCUGCGGGCGUGCGAGACGCCCGGACCUGCAGGAGGGCGAGUACCGUACACCUUAUACCUCUGCUUUUGUGGUUUUCAACUGCUAGACAAACAUUUCUGUGCUAGAUUCUUUUAAAUAAAAAGGGGUUAAGACCCAGAUGCUGUAUAUUAAUUUGUAAUUAUGUAUAAAGUAAAGCAGUUUUAAACUGUAAAAAAAAAAUUUUUUUUUUCAGUGUGUUUUCUGGGAUUUUGCCACAACAUACUGGCAUUGUAUUUUAUUUAUCUUCCUGUCUAGUUACUGGCUUCGGACUCUACUUGUAAAGUCCCCUCCACCCUUUCAAAAAAUAAAUGUCCUCUAAGUCUCAA